AAUAACCAGUCUACUAGAUAAUUAAUGAUUAUAUAAUUAAUGGUGAUCAAAUUAUGGCAGAACUCCCUUAGGAUUCAAGUAACCUUCUCGGGCAGUCCCCAGACUUUCACUUUGCAAAUAGUGUUUAGUAAUAUUUAUUCUUGUUAUUAGUGUUUUCUGUAUUUUAUUUCACAACGAGUUCAUGUUCAACUACAAUAAUUCCUCUGUGCAGAGAAGACUUACUCUAUGGGGAUUUAUUGUAUUGAAUAGAUGUUGGAGUCAAGGUUCUUUGUAAUGGUGUAUUGUCAACUUAUGAAAACUCAACUUCUUUUGCUAUUUGGUCCUGGACGAAAGAGUGUUUAUGGAAUUCAUAGAUCUCUUACUAGUCUUCAGCAAACUACGUCUGUUGUUAAGUACGCCAGAAAGUUCCUUGAUAUUUGUUCACACUUUGAAGAUUCUAAUUAUAUGACUGAUCCUUAUAUUAUAAAUCGUUUUAUUAUGGGUUUAAAACCUAGCAUUGAACCUCUUGUUGUUAACAGCGUAAGAUAUGAUUGGAGAUCUUCUGUCGACAAUUUUUUUAGCUAAAGACGUGGAGGCUUUAGUUAAUGCAAGAAGAAAAUAGCCUAAUGACUCAUGACCAUUCGU